AUGCGCUCCAUCUCCCUUUUCGCCUUGCUCGCUCUCGUGACGGCUGGUCCGUCGCUCGCCUGCGCCAAGCACGUCCGUCGCGGACAGAAGGCUCCUACGAACGGCGUGAAGACGCUGGACGUCGACUUUAGCGCCUACAAUGGCGAGGGCCUCUCGACAUUCCUCGACAAGCACUCCCUCUACGUCAGCAACUACCCGGUCGACAGCACGCCGAUCUCCCACACCUUUGUCCCCUCCAACGUCGACAUUGUGGACGGUGCCCUUCGCCUCAAGGUCACGGGUCAGUCAGGCAAGGGCGACGUCAAGUCCGCCGAGGUCGGAACCUACGCGAGCAACAUCCGCUACGGAACCUUUAUGACCAUCGCCAAGUUGACGCCUGUCCCUGGCGUCUGCUUCGGAGCCUUCACCUACACUGAUGACAACCACGAGAUCGACAUCGAAGCACUCUCCAGCUACUACACCACUGGUUACCGCGAGUCGGUUCCGCCAGGCUUGGAGUUCACGAACCAGCCGCUUAUCGCGGGUCAGCAGGAGACGAACACUGCUGUCCCGUACGGCUUCGACCCGACCGCCGACUUCCACAACUACACCAUUGUCUGGAACGCCAAGUCGAGCCAGUUCUACGUGGACGGCAAGCUUCGCAAGACCUUCACCAAGAACGUCCCGCAAAUCGGCGCCAGCUUCAUCUGGAACGCUUGGAGCUCGGGUGACCCCAACUGGAGCGCUGGCCCGCCCAAGCAGGACGCUUACACGCUCAUCAAGAGCGUGCAUCUCCAGUACACGACCGUCUGA